CGAGAGUGAAGAUACCAAAGAAUUGGCAAUUGACCACCCAAGAUGUCGUCAGGAUAUGGACUUAACGGAGGUUCAUCCCGAUGCUUCCCAUUCUGGCAAGAAGUUCUAGCUUGCUACGUCGUCAACACAAACUCGGAUGAUACCUCUGGCAAGAGGAAGUGCCAGCCCGUCCUUGAGGAUUACUAUGAGUGUCUACACCACAAGAAAGAGGCACACCGCGUCGGUGCGAUACAGACGGCAUACCGCAAGCAGCAAGCAGCAAACCCCCGGGAGGACGCGGCAAAGGCUGGGGAAGUAAGGAACUUGGGAUUGUUAGAUAAGGACGAUGAUACGACGGCACCAGGAAGAAAAUAAUACAGCAGUUGUGGAGAGUUGGGAGCGAAUUGUACAUAAGGCCGGUUAUGAGCUAGGUUGUUUGUCAACUAUCUGAACCUAU